AUUUAAAAUAGUCAAUACGGGCACACUGUUGGCAACACGUGCACGAUUCGGUGCAUUUGAUUUCAAUUCGAUUCAAUUUAACGUGAUUAUAUUGAAUCACUGGCAAAAUGGGAAAGAAAACGAAAGUUGGAAAGACCAGAAAGGAUAAGUUCUACCAGCUGGCGAAGGAGACAGGACUUCGAUCGCGUGCUGCCUUCAAAUUGAUCCAGUUGAAUCGUAAAUUUGGUUUCCUCCAACAGUCGCAAGUAUGUUUGGAUCUGUGCGCAGCGCCCGGAGGCUGGAUGCAGGUGGCCAAGCAGAACAUGCCGGUGUCCAGCAUUGUGAUCGGCGUGGAUCUGUUCCCCAUCCGCCCCAUAGCCGGCUGCAUUGGCCUGGUGGAGGACAUCACGACCGAGAAGUGCCGGCAGUCGUUGACGAAGGAGCUGCAGUCGUGGAAGGCCGAUGUGGUGCUGCACGACGGAGCACCCAAUGUGGGUCGCAACUGGCUGUACGAUGCCUACCAACAGAUCUGCCUCACCCUAAACGCCCUCAAGCUGAGCACUCAGUUCCUGCGCAGCGGCGGCUGGUUCGUCACCAAGGUGUUCCGCUCCAAGGACUACAACGCUUUGCUCUGGGUGCUGAAGCAGCUCUUCAAGAAGGUGCACGCCACCAAGCCGAGCGCCUCGCGCAAGGAGUCCGCCGAGAUAUUCGUUGUCUGCCAGGGAUACAUCGCACCCGACCACAUUGACCCCCGUCUGCUGGACUCCAAGUAUGUGUUCGAGGAGCUCGAUCUCGAUGCCAAGAAGAAAAGCAGCCUGCUUCAUCCCGAAAAGCAGAAGCGCAUCAAGGCCGAGGGCUAUACGGCCCAGGACAUCGCCCUGCGCAACGAUCUGGCCGCCACGGAGUUUAUGCUGGCCGAGAAUGCCUUGGCUGCCCUGCAAGGCGUGGGAUCCAUUCGCAUAGAUGACAAGCGCAUUGCCAGUCACAAGAAGACCACACCGGAAAUUCUGGAGUGUUGCAAGGACCUGAAGGUCCUGGGUCGCAAAGAUAUCAAGGGAUUGGUGCAAUGGUGGAAGGAUGUGAGGGAAAUUCUAGUUAAAAAGGAAGAACAGCCGCUCGUUGUUGGGGAUCCAAAUGCCGAUGAGGAAAAGGCGAAGCCAUUGACGCAGGCGGAAAUCGAGGACAUGGAAGAUGCCGAACUGCAAACCCAAAUAGACACAAUUCUGGAUGAGGAAAAGAAGGAUCUGAAGCGAAAGCGCAAGAAGACGCUCAAGACAAAGGCCAAGUUGCACGAGAAGAUGAACCUCAACAUGGUGAUCAAGGGCGACGAUGGCCCAGUCGAGGAGACGGAGCACGAGAUCUUUGAGCUCAAAAACAUCAGCACCUCUGCCGAGCUGGCACGGUUGCUAGAUGUUCAGCCCGAUUUCGCUGUGGACGAAAGUCUUCCCGAGCAGGCCAAGCUGUCAAAAUACAAGUAUUAUGACAAGGAUGAUCAGAAUGUCAAUGAUGAUCUAAACUACGGCGACGACGAUGAGGAAGAACAGAGCGAAGCCUCGGAAGACGAAGACCAGUUGGACAAACGUGGUCUGGGCCUCAGUGACGACGAUGAAGACGUUGCCAAAGGUAAAAACAAGAGGAAAAAGCGAGCCGAGAAUCCACUAAUCAAAUCAACUGACUUUCGCGACAAAAACACCAAGCGGGAGCAACGUGUUCAGCUCUGGUAUGAAAAGGAUGUCCUCCAAAAUAUAAAGUCGGACGACGAUGAGGAAACCUACGAUCUGGACAACCUGGCCAAGGAGUACAAGGCCAAGGGUGUGUCGGUACUGGGUGAGAGCACCCUCACCCCUGACGACGAGCUAAUCCAAGGCAAGAAGGCCAAACGUCGCGCUCGCCACGAAGCCGCAGCCAAGGAUAGCAGCUCAGAGUCAUCCGACUCCGAGGACGAAGUCGAUAAACAGGAUAACGAAGAUGCGGCCACAGAAACGAAGGUGAAGAAGGUUCGCUUAUCCGAAAAUGAGAUGGCCUUGGGUGCAUUUUUGACGCGCAACAAGAAGACACGCCGUGACCUGAUCGACGCAGCCUGGAAUCGGUAUGCAUUCAACGACGAAAACCUUCCCGUGUGGUUUGUGCAAGAUGAGGACGAGCACAUGACCAAGCCACAGCCGGUACCCAAGGAGCUGACCGCAGAGUACCAACGCAAGUUGCAGGAGGUCAAUGUGCGUCCCAUUAAGAAGGUCAUGGAGGCCAAGGCGCGUAAGCAUCGGCGUGCUUCAAAGCGCAUGGCCAAGGCCAAGAAAAUGGCCGAAAAGAUCAUGGAGAACAACGAUGCCACCAACCAUGAGAAGACCAAACAGCUCAAGAAGGUGUACAAAAAGGCGCAAGAGAAGAAGAAGGAGGUUACGUAUGUGGUCGCCAAAAAGCAGUCGGCCGCUCGACGAGCCCGACGUCCAGCGGGUGUCAAAGGUCAAUACCGCGUCGUUGAUCCGCGCGAGAAGAAGGACAAGCGAUCGGUGGCAGCAAAAAAGAAACGCGAAAAGGGCGGAAGGGGCGGCAAGGGCCGCAAAGGAGGUCGUAAAUAAAAUAUAAUAUGUAAACAAAAUUUAAAUGUAAUAUUUUAUAGUUUUUAAAUAUAUGCGUACAAAUCAGAA